UAUACUACUUGGUUUACUGCGUUCUUUCAGACAAACUAACUGAAGAAAAUGAGACUUCUGCUAGUGUUUUUGGCAGUAAUUCUCCUUGCUGAGGGUCAUGUCUCGUACAUUGGGCUCCCCUCCCUAUGUGGCGUGUGCCAAAAAUUGACCGGCUUUGUGAAAACGAUUGGAGGAAAAGUGGAUGGUCGACAGCUUGCAAUGGCAUUCUGUGAUAGAACCGCUCCAUUCCUCCUCCGGGGCCCAUGCAGGAGCCUCGUAGCGGACAAAAUGGGCGCCAUUGUGAACCUAUUAAAGCAAAAGAUCGACCCGACAAAAAUCUGCACUAUACUCAAGAUUUGCAAAAACUGAGUCACAACGUUCGAAUAAAUCCUUCACGCAC